AUGGCGUCUCCCAACCUGACGACAGAGCUGGGUUUGGGAUUCACUCGAGGAAGUGAACAAGGCUGCGAUUCGUCAGAUACUUUUGUUUCUCGGGAGUGCGACGAAGGCAGUCUGACGUCGACCUCUGGCCUAUCUCAUUGCGGGACUUCUCUGCGUCCACUGCGAUGUAGCGGCUCUCUGCGCACUGUCUCGUACGGUGGUUCAAAGAUGUCGAGCACGGCUAUGCAUGGACCAAUUCGCUCAGGUGAGUUCGCCGGUGAGGCCCACCGUAUUCAGCCCGCCGUUUCCUCUUCGUUCCUUGUCUCCACGUCGCCCUCCCUGUCGUCAACUACCGUGUCAGGUGGCGCCAUGAGUCUCUCCUCGCUUCUGAACCAGAUGACUCGGAGCGGAGCGACUCUCCAGCAGCUCCAGAGUGCCUCGGAACGCCAUCGGGACCAGGAACCCAGAUCGCCUGCCGAAGGAGGCCCAGCUGCUUCGGGCACCACUUUUUCGUCGGACAUGACAUGCACUGGUAAAGAACCCAAGGUCGCUGACUCCGAAUCUCCGGCUAAGGCGGUGGUGCGGGAGGCGGCCUCGUCGAAGGCUUCGCAGGAAAUUCUAGGCAGAGAGGUCGAACAGCUCAGGGGGAAAGUGCUGGAGCAUGAAGAGGAGUUGUAUCGUCAAAAGGAGCAAAACCAAAUGUGCCAUCGGCAGCUACAGACUCUUCAAGAGGAGUUGCUGGCCUCUCGGGAAAGCCUGCAGCCGGCUGUGGAGAGUCUCACAGACCGCGUCUCAGCCGUUCGCACGCAAAUGCAACAGCACGAAACACUGCUCGAUGCCCAGCGGCAAGCUCUCAUUGACCAGCAGCAAGUGCUGCAGGCAGAGGUCAUCGAGGUCGCUUCUCUCAUAUCAAGUUGUGAAACCGCUUUCAAAGAAUUUGAAGAAAGAGAAGCUGCAAUGCGGGCUGAAGUCGAUCAGCGCAUUCGCAACUCGCAGAGCCACCAGGAAGAGAAAAUGAAGAAACAUCACGAGGAACAGAAGCAAGAACUUUUAAAAUUUAAGGAGGAGCAACUCCCUUUGCGAAAUCUGCCGGAAGUCCUUGACGAACUUGGUCGGCGUAUACAAGCAAAUGCAUCCACACAGAAAGACUCGCAGCUUGCCUUCCAAGCGGAGCUCUGCCAGAAUCAAAGGGAAUAUCGAGAUCUUCGGGACCGACUGGAAAAUAUGGAAGAACAGAGUCGCGCCCACAUUAAGACUAAUCACGAAACUUUGCGUCUCCUCGAGGAGCAUAAACUGGCUACUCAGCAGCUGCGCGAGACACAUGAAGAGUUGCUACGGGCGCAGGAACUCCGUCUAAGAGAUGAGUUUCAGCUUCAACUUGCUGAGUUUUCAAAAAACCAGUCCCAGGAAGUCUCGACUCAAAUGCAAGACCUGCGCAAGGCACUGGACGAACUGAGAAGAGAGACUUUGAUGUCGCAGCAGAAGGCAUCAGAACCAGAGAGACUGGACCUGAUGAGAGAGGCAGCGGAGAAAAGGUGUUCAGAGGGGGAACAGCAACUGUGGAAAGAGCUUGAAGUGAUAAAGAAACAGCAACUGGAGCUUCUUCGUCAACAAGACUCUUUGGCACAUCAAAAAAGCCAACAGGAAAAAGCGGAACGCGUUGAGAAGAAACUUGAGGAUAUUCGAAGCUUUGUGUCGGACCGGGAGAAAGAUGCUCAAAAGCACUACCUUGACUUGAUGGCGGCACUGUCGUGUACCGCUUCCUCCUCACCAUCGAAUGGACAUUUUCGUGCGCCUCUGUACUCCUCGUCCCAGAAGGAAGUGGCGUUGCAUGCAGCCCUGCUUCUCCGGUGUACGUUCGACGCAAUCCACGCAGCGGCCACUGCGUCCUUUUCAGAAGAGUCUUCUUGUUCAGAUUCUCAGGUCCCUCGGAACGGAACUUCCGUGUCGGUCGAGGCGUCCGACAGACAAACCGUUGCGGUUGCCCGCUCGGCUGAGGAAGGCGCUGAAGACAUUCCUCUCAAGAGAAGUGACUCCACAGAUACUUCUGCUGGCCAAUCUACAGACCGUCUCGCAAACAGAAUGACACCUGCGAGUGAGACAUUUCUUGCGGCAGGAGCAAAUGCGGCGCUAGGCUCGAGGGUCGACUCGCCGAGAGGCGAGGCGUCUGACAACUCUGCCGCUCUCGGGCAGAGCUGGAAGGCAGCCGUGCGAACCUCCCAGGCAGCUUCCUCGGGAGUAGGAGGAACAUCCGGAGUCCUCUCACCUGGAGGGGAAUUGGAAAGCGCCUUUUGCAGCGACGAUGGAAAAACGAAGGAGAGUGUACGGACACUGACCCUGACGACACAUUCAUCUGGCACAUCUUCGCUGUGUUCCACGCGGCACACGACAACGUCGGCCAGCUCCCUGGAGCCCCUUGGCGCAUGCGCCGUCGGCGUUUUAUCUGGUCCAGGCGAUUCUGCAUGCACGCCAAGCCAGGAACAGGGAGCCGGCUCCCGGGGAAACGAGGGAGAGACCGUCAAAGUUGAUUCCUUCGCAUCGCUCUCAGAGAGACUAGGGGGCGAACCAGGCGUUGGCGCCUCCGAAGACAGACGCACAACCUACACACAUUCAGUGCACCGACCAGAUUUCGAACCAGACAAGCAGGAAGCUGACCAAAACUCGAGUUCGAGAGCGCCUGGCGUCUCCAGUCUAGCGCUUAUGGAAAGAGUGCCUAUCGAGGCCAUGGGACGGGGAGACCAGGCGAAGAAGCUCCCUCGUUCGCCUUGCAGCCUGUCACCCAUUUCAGACUCAGCAGCUAGACAGAGAGGCGCCACAACUUUUCAGGCGAACGCCCUCCCCAGUGCUUCCUUUGCGGCUCCUCUUCCGGAGGAUGGGGAAGUGUGGAUUCGUGGCCACGACUGUCAACAGACGACAACGCGAGUUCGUGCCUCCGAGCCAGUUAGGCGUGUCUUCAGAGACUUUUCUCUGGACGGGAAAAUGCCAAGAAAAAUCGGCACUGAAGAACUCGACAUAGCCCGGCACGGAGACGACUCGAAAGGUGACCUUUCCGGCGAGAGAGACGCUGGAAACCCGCGUUUCAGUGAAGCGCGCCGAAGCCAGCACUUGGAGAGAGCAUGCAACGAACGCAGCGUUGAUCGGAAUCCGUCUGCUUUGAUUCCGAUGCCACCCUUGGGCGUUGGAAGCCGAGGCUCCGAGCUGUGGGGAGGAGAGGGGCAAGGAGAGAGAAUGGAGUGGCGAAUCGACAACUUUAUCGAGACCCUUCGUGGAGCUCUCGAGAGUGGCACCGACGCACUGUGGUCUCCCUUCUUCUCGUUCAACGGAGUGCAGGAGCUUCAGAUGCAGUUCCUUCCAAACGUCCUGUCUUGCCUGAAUCGCGGAGAGAAGCUUAGCCAAGAGGAGAAGCUCAGGCGCGUCCUCGAUGACCGUGCAUGCAUCUGUGGGCUCUUUCUCUGGUCUUCUUCUCCGCGGAUCUUCAAAUGCACGCUGUGCAUCGGGAGUGAGAAGCGGGAAGUUGUCGUCCGCCCUGCGCAGCGUCCUGGUCAAGCGCGGAGCUCGUCGACGGAGCCUUGCAACGCGGCGCUGUGGGAGCAUUUUGACUCUCGCGAGAAUACCCUGACUGUUGGAGUGACGGAUUUUGUGAUUCUCGGCUAA